AUGGAGUCGUUGUCCGUUUGGAUCCAGGUGCUGGAGCGAGAAGUGCGGGACUUGCAAGACCAUAUCCACGACCUCGAAAAUCGAAGUGGGAGGAUAAAUCUCCGGGUGGUCGGGCUCCCUGAAGGCUGGGACACAGUCCGGGCAUCUUCAGAUCUGAACCUAACUCAGUCAUUGGCCACUGAUACCUCAGACAGGUGUCGUUUCAGACGAGAAGAGAUUCCCGAGGAAAGGAGGAGCCUGAUCAAAGAAAAAGUGAAGAGAGAAACGGUGACUGGUGUAGACCAGGGCAUCAUCAUGCAAGGUUGGCUGUUUAAAGAGGUACAGCAUAAUGUGAAGGCACCUUGGCUAAGGGUUCGGAAACAUUGGUUUGUGCUGACACAGGAUUCGCUGGAUUAUUACACCAAUAAUGAACUGAAUGCAAAGCAACUUGGCAUGCUGGUCCUGACCAGUCUAUGCUCUGUACUCUGGCCUGAUAAGGGCACAUACAAGGGAACAGGCUACUGGAACAUCACAGUGUAUGGACGGAAACAUCACUACCAACUGUAUACAAAGCACCUGAACCAAUGCAUUCAGUGGGCCUGUGCUAUUCAGAAUGUCAUCAAUUGUAAAGCUCCUGUGGAGACACCAACACUGCUCCUAAUUCAAGACAUUGAGGAGAACUGCACUAAUUCUGAAGUCCUGGAAAACAUUUACAAAUGGAAUCCUAUUCUCCAGCACACUCAGAACCCACUUUAUUCUCCUCUGCUUCCAUUCCCCUAUGGAAUAGGGGCUCACCACCUCAAGAAUACUAAAGGCUAUACAACACUCCAUGAUGAAGCUGUCAAAGUCUUCAAUUCACUGCAGCAUCUAGAGACCGAACAAGAUCCAAUCCCUCUCAUUCAGGGUAUACUGCAAACCUGCCUUGACCUGGAGGCUCUCCGUGAUGAAAUCUACUGUCAACUGAUUAAGCAGACAAGCAACCCCCCACAUGUGGGAAGCAUCAGUGAUCUGCGAAACUGGCAGCUACUGACUUGCAUGAGUGUUACCUUCCUCCCCAGUAACACUGUUCUCAAAUACCUUCGGUUCCACAUUAAACGGUCACAGGACCAAUUUCCAGAGACUGAAGUAUAUAAAUAUGCAGAAUUCAUCGCAGAUUCAUUAGUGAGAACCAAAUGCAGAAAACGUGUACCAUCUUGUGAAGAAAUUCUGGUCUUGAUGCGGCGAGAGGAGAUGAGUUGCACCAUUCAUUACGCUGGCUCCAAAUUUUGCAGGAUCACCAUUAGUUCGCAUUCAACAGCUGGAGAGGUUGUGAACAGUUUGCUGGUGACACUUGGUUUAAGACAAAGUCGAAAUCGGUUUGCUCUUUUUGAACAGAACUUAACUGAUCAGUGGCUCGUGGCAGAUGACACUGUUGUAGCGGACAUUAUAACCAGGUUUGAAAAUCUUGCUAUAAAUGUGGAAGAGCCAGAAAACCAGUGGAAGCUUUAUUUUAAAUUGUACUGUUUCCUGGAUUCGGAUAAUAUUCCAAAGAAUAACUUGGAAUUCGCUCUUCUGUUUGAACAGGUCCAUGAGAUGGUAACAAAAGGCUAUUUUCCUGCAUCUGAAGAAACUCUGCUGGCCCUGGCUGCCCUGAGACUGCAGUUUACAAUCCGCGAUUUCACCACACAUGUGCCACUACCUAAACUUCAGGAGUUAUUUCCUAUGCAUAUUCUCCAGGCUCGGGUCCAGCAAUCUGUAAAGGCUUUACUUUCCACAAAUAGUAAGGGUCUGAGUCACUUACUGCCAGGAACUCUGGCGAGCAGCCUGUGGGGCAGCACAACCCAGAAACAGAAACUUGAGGAAGAACAACUGUUAAAAGUACGGCUCAAAGAGGAGGCAGCGACUUUAAUGGCCACAAUCGUUGAACAAUGGAAACAGCUUCCAGGAAUGACCCAACUGGAAGCUAUGACAACAUACCUCAGCAUAGUGAGGGAAUGGUCUGGAUAUGGAGCUACACUGUUCGAAGUAGGGGCGUUUAUGAAUUCGGCAGUGAGCGUGGCUCAGACGCUGUGGUUGGCAGUAGGAGCAAAGGGUCUUGCUCUCUACAAACAAGGAGAUGUGGAGUCUGUGGAGAAUUUUGAUUAUCGGCAGAUUUCAUCAUUUGAAGUGACAGAAAGGAACACCUUCAAAAUUACUCUGAGGAAAAAGGACUUGCUAUUUGAGUCCUGCAAGGCACAAGAGAUUGUCCAGCUGAUUACAAUUUACAACGCCAAUCACUUCAAAACCUCGACUCGAUCUGGUGAUCAUCGAAGUAGACCAAUCAUAACAGGUAGCCUGUCCAACAGUCACCAUUGUAACCUGCACAGUGAUUCCAGCACAGAAGAAGCUUGAACCCUGUUGGGCAUCUAACAUAGCAGAGCACAGUGGGAGAAAUACUGGUGAAACAUUUCACUUUCCUCAUUACUACAGCAUUAUUAGGCCUUAGCACACCAUACAUAGAUAGUAUGCCUCAUUUUAACUUAGUCUUUCAUUCUUGCCAACGAUCUCUGUACAAGUUCUUGCAGCAAGAAGUUGGUCCCUUUUUACCAACUUUUGGUUGGUUCAACUUCACUUAAAAGAUUUAACACAUUAUAAGCCACCUGAGUAACAAAAGUUUCUCUUAGUCAGAAAAUUGAGGUGUCAGAAUCAAAGGUCUUGGCUUAUUGAACUAUCCUGAAGGCAGCAAGUGGAGUGAAAGAAUCCUGUGCUGUUCUCAGACAAAGGCCUUAAAGUCUGGGGCUGCGGAAGAGCAAAACAGUUCAUGCCUCUUUUAUUUAUAUAAAAAUGUGAAGUAUUCCAGUGAAAUCUUCCCCGGUACAUAAUUGUUAAAUUAACAAGCUACCUGGGAUAUCAACAGGAGCUGUAAUUGCUGCAAAGAAUCCCAAUUCCAAUUCCUCCUCAUAUAAAUAAAGUGGACAACAAUUGCUUUGGCACUGAUAGUGUACCGGGUGAUGGAAGAGCAAGAGGAACCAAGCCGGGAUUAGAAUACUUAAAUCUCAGACAGUGUUUAUGAUUCAUCACGGAUACUACAUGAGGUGAAAUUGUCACUGUCUUGAUUAAUAUUAAUCUGUACCUAGAAAUCAUGAAACAUUGAAAAUUAAUUGUCUUUCUGCUUUUAAAACACUAUCCACCCUAACUUGAGAAUCAUAACUCCAUGAACUUACUGCUUUCCUUUUAAAAAGAUUGCAACUCUAUUAUAUAAACCCAAAGAGCUCAAGGACUGCUGAUAACAAAAGAAAACACAAAUGUGCUGGAAAUACUCAGCAGUCAGGCAGGAUCAUGAAAGAUCAUUGACCUGAAAUGUCAACUUUGUUUCUCUCUACAGAUGUUGCUUGAUCUACUGAGCAUUUGUUUUUAUCUCAAAUUUCCAGCAUCCAUAGUAUGCUGCUGUUCUGUUGGUAGAAUAUGAAGUAACCAGUCUGGAAACAUUUGGUUACUGUGCAUUUUUACUGCUCAAUAUAGACAGAGUUUAAGCAGUAUACGGGGAACUAUGUACCAAAUUCUGAAGAAUCAGGAGGUAAUUUAUUAUAUCAAUUUGUAUACUUCUGAAGCUACAAAGAAACAGCAUCAACUAUAAUUAUCAAACUCAAUUGUUUAAAGCUGCUGGCAGCUUUAGUUUUACACAGGGACUUCCAUAUUGAAUCUUAAACUCACUAUGCAAUGAAAAUAAUUUUUUUAUUUAACGGUAUACUGCAUGUUCCCUCUUUAUUGAAAUGUACAUUUACUGCACUAUGCUGUACAGAUGAAUUUGUGCAAUAUGUAAAAACUAUCAAAAUUAAAACAACUUAUUUUAGUACUAGAAAA